AUGGCUUUUGAGCAUGAUGGAGGAGCGCCAACCCUGGCCAGAGAUAGAGAGGUGUUUUCCAGAAAGGACAGAAUCAGCGCUGUGCCAGCGGGUGUCUACACUUCGGAGAAGGGAAUGCAUACAGUCGAAUCCGCCGGUGCCACAGUAGCAUCUGCAGCCCCCGAGUGGGUGGCCUUGAAUAAAACCAGAGAAGCCGAGCCCUUCUGUCCAUCGCACUGCCAUGCGAUCCCCUCUUCUACUGCGACAGCUGUGGAAGGGACGCCAUUGCUGCAUGAGUUCUAUUUUCAGACUUCGCCCUCGGAUAUUGUUGGCUGCUGCGCCGUGCUUGAAUGCCUGGGGAGAGCAACCUUGGAACCCGAGACAGGCAUCCCGUGA